ACAUACCAUAGAUAAUACUAAUUACUAUACAGUAAUCCAUGUUACAGAAAACCGUGGAGGUUAUGUGCACCCAGUAAAAUGGGUUUACGACAUCAAUAUUUUAUUGCGCGCACAGUUUUGGUUAGAAAUGGAAAUGUAGAAGAAGCCACUAGACUGUUAAAUAGGAUUUUAGGCAAGGAAGGCAUAUUCGACCAAUAUCGGCGAACACGUUACUACGAGAAACCACAUCAGACACGUCGCAGGGUCAAUUUCGAGAAGUGUAAAGCCAUCUAUAAUGAAGAUAUGGAUCGCAAAAUACAGUUUGUUUUGAGAAAAAACAGAACAGACCCUUUUCCAGGAUGCUCUUAAGAGUAAAACAAUUCAAUAUUAUGAAAGACUUGGUUCCUUAAACAGUGUUAUAUACUUUAGUAAUGUAUAAUUUACAUUCAUAACAAUUAAAAAAAGUAAUAUGUUCUCUUA